CCCCCACCAGGCGUACACUGCGAGAUCAACAUUGACGACUGCAGCCCUGCCACCGACCCACAGACCCUGACCCCCAAGUGCUUCAACAAGGGGAGGUGCGUGGACAAGGUGGGGGGCUACAGCUGCCUCUGCCUGCCCGGCUUCGUGGGAGAGCGCUGCGAGGGGGACGUCAACGAGUGCCUCUCGAACCCCUGCGACCAGCGGGGCACCCAGAACUGCGUGCAGCGAGUCAACGAUUACAAGUGUGAAUGCCGUCCAGGAUACACGGGACGGCGUUGUGAAACGGUGUUCAAUGGCUGCCAGGAGGGACCUUGCCAGAAUGGGGGCACCUGCGCCGUGGCCAGCAACACAAAACACGGCUACAUCUGCAAGUGUCCUCCGGGCUUGGACGGCAUCACGUGUGAAAACGACCUGCGCAGCUGCGGGAUGCUGCGGUGCCUGAACGGCGGCACCUGCGUCCCCAGCGCCAGGCAGUCCAGGUGCAUGUGCGCGCCGGGUUUCACCGGCCCCGAGUGCCAGUUCCACGCGCACAACCCGUGCCACUCGGGCCCCUGUUACAACGAGGGCACUUGCCAGUUCAGCCCGGAGCCGCCCCACUACCGCUGCCUCUGUCCUGUCAACUUUAACGGCCUGAACUGCCACCUCCUGGACUUUGAAUUCCCCGGGGGGCCUGGCCAGGACAUCCCCCCUCCCCUGGUGGAGGAGAAGUGCGAAAUCCCCGGCUGCCCCGGCCUCGCUGGCAACAAGAUCUGCAACGCCGAGUGCAACAACCACGCCUGCAGCUGGGACGGCGGGGACUGCUCGCUCAACUUCAACGAUCCCUGGAAGAAUUGCACCCAGGCCCUGCAGUGCUGGAACUACUUCAAUGACGGGAAAUGCGACGUCCAGUGCAACAACAGCGGCUGCCUCUACGACGGCUUUGACUGCCAG